AUGGUUAUGUUGGCGAAAACUAUUGGUUGGUUGUUAAUCGCGCGUCUAAUGAUAAUGGGGAUGCGUUUGUCCGUCGCGAGCGCUGAUAUAGUAGAUAUCGUAGACGAUCUAAUGCUAGACAGUGCCUUAUCAAGAAACAAACAUUUUGUUUUAUUGUCUUACGUUACACAAUGCCCUUAUAGCCGAAUGUUUAUGCCCAUAUUCGAGAAUGUUUGCAAAAUGGCUGGAUUGGAAUGCGGAAAGUUGAAUUGCCAAGAGCAGAGAAUUUUAUGCCAUGAUACCAAAGUAGAGGGAGUUCCGGAUGUCAAAGUAUACACCAAUAAAGAAAUAGUUUAUCAUAGGGCAGGAUUCAUGUCUCAAGAUGACUUCCUGGCCGAAAUAAGAAAAUUGAAUUUAAAUCGAUUUCGUCUUAUUACUUCGAGAUAG